AGGGGUUUAGGGUUUCUCUGGAUUCAGAAUGGAGGGAUUGCAGGAAUUUGUCCGAUCGUUCUCAAAGGACGCAAAAUCUGUGUCAUCUUCGUUACCGGAGCUUCCGUUCAAUCUCGGAGGUGGGGGAAGAGAAGGAGGAGGAGGGGGAGGAGGAGGGUUUUCCUCUUCCUUGGUUUCUGCUGAUCAGUCUCGCAUGUUGGUUCCCAGGCCUCCCAGGAAUGUGGUGUCGAUUAUGACCUGCUCGAAGCUAUGUGCGGUCUGCUUUGCUGCCGGAAUUUUGGUCGGGUUCACGUUGAAGCGACGGCUCAGAAAGUGGGCUUCCAAGGUUCUCCACAAAUUGAAAGAUUAAUCGGUACCCACCUACCGAAUCCUUCCAUAAUUUAUCUCAAAUCUUCUCAUCUCCAUUUUUGUAUACAGCUUAAACUUCAGUAUUGAAACGGAUUUCCAUUGUUAUAUAUUUUAACUCUGCAUUUUAUAAGAUUUUGAUUUUGA